UAAUAAACAUUCUUUUAAAAAGAGCUCUAACCCGUAAUAAGGCGGAUUUUUUCAUUCUUUAUUAACGUCACUUCGCGAGAGUUCAGAACGUUGGCUUUGGUAGCAACAAAAUGGCGACAAUAACAUCGAAAAGUGUCGAAUAUUUAUCCUCACUUCCAAAAGUACAAGGCCGACUUGCUUUGGCACACAAAUUAGGAUGGCCGCCUUUCAACGAGGACCAGAAUAUGCAAGAGUCAAUCAAACUUGAUUUUCUCUUUGACGGUAUGAAUUUUGCUGUAGAGAAAGGUUUUCCCUGGAACAAGGUUGCCUUUGUUGUUAUGUUUGCUGAGAAACUUACACAAGAAAUACAAAAAUGUCAAAAGAUAACAGAUAUUCUUGGUUUCUACAACUCACAGGCAUCAGAACUAAUACAGACAUUAGGAGAAAGAGAAUAUAAAAUUUAUUCCUCUUUUAUUUUUGAGACAAUUCUGCCUCAUUUCAAACUAUAUAAGUUGGUAUUUACCACCCCUCGUGCGGAGCAAAUUCCAAACUAUCCUAUUGCCUUAGAACCACCGUUUGAUGCAAAAACAUUAAAAGAAACCAAGCCUUUAAAAGUUUGGGAAUAUGAGAAAAAGAUCAAAGAGGUGGAAGUGAAGGAAGAAGAAAGAGAGAAGGAAAGGUUAGCUGAAAAAGAAAAGAAAUUAUCCAAACUGGAAACAGAGUCUGCAGAUGCUCUGAAAAAGGUUGUCCAAGUUGAAACACCUUUGGACAAAGAAACAGUUGGAAGUAUAAUUGAGGAAGUGAUGAAGCAAUAUACAAUGUCUGCCACAGAGAAUAUGAAGUUCGAGAUUGAAAAAUUACGUGAUGACCUCGAGUUUAAAUUGGAGAAAACAAGUAUGCCCAGACCUCAAGUACUAGGACCCCCACCAAGAUACAACAUCAAAUCAGUGAAAAUGCCGUCAUCAAAGAUGCCUAAAUCUCCAAAACCUGGUUCCAGGGGAUCAAUGCGAGGCAAAAAGAAAUAGUGAAACAGCUGGUUCCUGGGGAUCAAAAAGCUCACCAGCAUAAUUCACAGGAAAUUAUUAGGCCAAUUGUUCAGUUUGUCCAGUAUGCAAAUGUACUCUUAAGUGUAUUGUAAGACACCCCAUUUGAAAUUACAUGAUUUAACUAUUCCAUUCAAGUCCUAUAACUUUAUACACAGAACCUAUUAACUAUUCUUGUAACAGAUUCUCUUACCACAUGUAUAUGGAUCAUUUCAUUUUGAAUUCGUUCAAAACUUUUUAAGUACCCCACACUCCUGUUAAUUACUGAUGAACAUACAAGUUGUUUUCUAUACUAUUGUUUAACUAUAUAUAUAUAUAUAAAUAUAUAUUUUGUCAUUAUUAAAGUUGUUGGAAUUUU